UCCUCAGCGGGUGACGUGUCAGUUUGUUUACAGCGGUGAGCAGUCGGCUGCAGCUGCUCAGACAUGGCUGUUGAUAUCACGUUACUUUUCAAAGCCAGCGUUAAGACGGUCAAAACCAGGAACAAGGCCAUAGGGAUUGGCUUCGACUCGACCAAAGAUGAAAUUUUCAAGAGAAGUAGACCGAAGAGUGGCUUCUCACCGAGGGCGAAAGAAGUGAUCACGAACAUCACCAAGCUCAAAGACUUUCUGCUACAGCACAGAAAAGAUUAUGUGAGCGCCGGAAGUCUCAUUUCAUCAGACCUUUCCCGCAUGACAGACAAUGACCGUGACCAGAUCGACCAGGAUGCUCAGAUCUUUAUGAGAACCUGCUCUGAAGCCAUCAAGCAGCUACGCAAUGAAGCUGAAAAACAGGUGAUGUCAGCUCAGAUAAAGGAGCACAGGAGAGCGGUGCUAGACCUCAUUGAAACAUACCUAAAAGGUGUAUGCAAGCUGUACUCUGAGCAGAGAGCAAUUAGAGUCAAGAGAAUGGUGGACAAGAAGAGGCUAUCAAGACUGGUACCAGAGCAUCACGGUCCAGUGGAGAAAAAAGUGGAAGUGGAGCCCACAGAGGAGGACACCGUUAAGGAGGGAAGUUCUGAGAAGACUGCAUCAUCAGAGGUCCAGGACAACCCUGUAAACCUGUGGGAGGAGAGCCGAGUGGAAGAUGAGCUCUCCCCAGAGGAAAUUCAGAUGUUUGAGCAGGAAAACCAGAGGUUGAUCAGUGAGAUGAACAGCCUGGUGGAUGAAGUGAGGCAAAUCGAAGGGAAGGUGGUAGAGAUCUCACGACUUCAAGAAAUCUUUGCUGAGAAAGUCCUGCAACAAGAAGCAGAAAUAGACAACAUUCAUCAGCUCGUCGUUGGUGCUACAGAGAACGUCAAAGAAGGCAAUGAGGAUAUACGAGAGGCUAUCAAAAACAACGCUGGAUUUAGGGUAUGGAUCCUCUUUUUCCUCGUUAUGUGCUCUUUUUCUCUUCUCUUCCUGGACUGGUAUGACAGUUAACACGACUGCCCAAAUGGACUCUGGACAACAAGAAACUGCCUGAAGCUGAUACACAAUGCCAAUCUCAGAAGUGAUUGUACAACUAACUGAGAAGUGAAGUGAUGGCAACAGCGAGACUGAACGUGAGAUUAUGUCCUCAAGUUUAAAUGGCACUUAAUUCUUCCCUGAUUCUAUCUAGGGUAGCUUUAAUAUAAAAAUGCACUUUUAACAUCUUGCCUUUCUCAGCCAUGAGUAACAAUGGUUUGACUGGAUUUUGAUCCCUGUGAAUCUCUUCCGAAACUGUUUUAUGCACUAGAGCGUAUUUGCAUCUUGACGUCACAGUCCCAUGUAUUCAAAAAGAUUUGUUCUUUAUGUAAAAUAAAUUACUCUAAAUGCUCAAAAUGCUUGCAGAUUGGAGCCGAAUAAACUGUACUGGCACAUCAGAUACACUCAAGUAAAAAUGAUUCUCAACUAAUUUAUAGCAAAUUUAACGUGUACCUUCUCUCAUUAAUUCAUGAUGAUAUUUCAUGAUAUAAAACAAUUUUUAUAAUUCGUAUCUAUGUGGGUUUGCAGAUAACAUCAAAGGCAGCUGAAGCCGCUGCCUGCCUUGGUUUGUGUCAGCUAAGGAGAAAGUAGCUGUUGACUUCUGAUGUUUCUGUUAAUCCGUUUAUAAUAAUAAACUUUAUAAUGAUUAACCCAGAUUCCAGUGACAGCAUUAAAGUGCUUUGAACAUUUUUUUCCUUUGAUGUCAGCUCAAGAGCAACUGGAACUUUUAACUGUGUUUAUUUUCUGUGCCGAGGGAGUUUUCAGCAGCUCUGACAUGACUUGCUCUCAAAGUAAUGAAUAAAAAUCUUCUUUUGCAUAAAU